CGAACGAGCGGGACUUUCAUUUUCAAACCUGAGACGUAUGAGGAGACGAUGUUUUUCUUUGUUUACUUUAAUUGUCAUGUUGUUAAAGUUCUGUAGCUUUCGAGAAUACUCAUUUUGUGAUAAACUACGAUAAGAAACGAUGGAUUCAACAGAAGACGACAUAUCUGACUGCUCGGAUUCUGUUGAGGAGAGUUCUGCAUUCAGAGUUACCAAGAUCUCCUGUAACCAGAAGUGCAACAAAUGUAUGGCAGAGCAUGAGGCUGAAAAACACCCCUGGACUGGAGAGUCCUGGAUCUGCCUUGCGUCACACACUCAAGAAGAAGCUCCAUGAGAGUGCCUCCCUGUCACCCCUCCCUUCACCUAAACGGCCAAGGUCAACAGUGCCAAAUACAAACCCUCCUGUGACGGUCCCGUCCCCGGUGCAUGAUGAGGACAUGACCACUCGUGGUCUGCUCAGGGGGAUCAUUCAGACGGUGGCCUGAACCUGACCUUGAAGACCCCAUUUGUAGAGAAGCACAUUGAGAGGGCGGGGCUUCAGAGGAAGGUGUCCAAUCGGAGGCUACCAUCUGUGGAUGCAUUUGAUGAGGCCGUUCAGAGAUGCUUGGAGCAGGGUCCCAACCAAGGAUGGAAAAACUCUAGAAGAUUCUUCAUGGCAGAAGUUCACACUCGGCCUCAAUGAUGUCACAGAGCUUUAUGCCCAGCUUAAUAAAAAAGACGACAAAGUGGGACCGUCUGCAGAGAUGGAGAGGGAUGCAGAGAACGAGCGAGAACAUGAGCUUGAGCGAGCCAGUGAGAUUCCAGACUCAGAACCUUUAAUUCAAGAAGGAAAAGAUCAUGAGAUGAAAUCACAGGAUGAUGAGGAAGAGGAAGAGGAAGAGGUGGUGCUUUCAUCCCAAGAAAAUGUGUUUUUGAGUCCAGAAGAUGAUAUUGUACUUGCUCCAACGCAGACAAUGACAGAAUUACUUCCUGAAUCGCGUGAUGUGCAGCUAGAAGGUCGAGAAUUUGUGGAGGAAGUUGACAUUGGGAAUGUUGUGGAAAUUGAGGAUGUGGAAAUUGAAGAUGACAGCGUUGAGGAUGAGAUGGUUGUGGAUGAGAAUGUUGAGGAAAUCGAGGAUGAGGAGGUUGUUAAAGCUGAACAUGAAAAUGUUGAAGAGAACCCAGACACCUCAUAGUGUCUAGAGCGAAUAACUCGUAGAGCUCACCGCUCAGAGGGAGGAGGUUCUGUCGUGGGAAUUCCAGCUGCCACGAGAGUCACAAAGAGUUUUGGAGCUGGAUUGAACCCCAGAGAGAAAGGUGAAGACUGCUUGAAGUGACAAAAUCACAAAGUUCUUCACCAGUGACUAGGGCUGUCUUUCCCUUGCAUGAAUAAGACUCGCAGGUUAUUGCAUGCGCUCAGUCGAUCUCUCUCUCUCAUUCAUUCAUUGUCUGUUUAGGCUUAAAGCAGGUUAAAAACUUAAUGUUUUUGUUCAGAUCUUUUGGAUUUUGUGGACGAGAACCGUGAGAAUUUACAGGACUUUUCGGAUGAAGAAAGAGAACCGCUGGGCAGCCCAGAGUUUCCUCACCUCCACCCUCCAGCAGAGCUCAGCUCACCAGAGCAGAGGUCACGGCAACAUGAGGCUAGUCUGGCUGAGGGAGAUGUGCCAGAGCUUGAAGAAGAUGAUGACGCCCCAGAAGAACUUAACCAAUCAGAGGAAGAGGAGCUGAUAGACUCUGGGUCAGCCAGUCAGAGCCCUGAACUUCCACAGGAAGAGGAAGAGAACGAUGAUGACGACGCUCUUAGUGCAGGUGACUCGCACUUUCACAUCCAAUUCAUCCUAGUGAAUCAGUGCAUUUAUAUGAAUCAUUUCAAUAAACUGGUUAAACAACAUCCAGUUAUACAUACAUAGUGAAUCGGUUCAUUUGAGUGAAUCACCUCAUUGAACCGGUUCAGCAAUAUCCGAUUCAUUUGAACAAAUCAAUUCAUUUGAAUUGUUCUUCUUAUUCACUUAUUCACAUCUGCAAUCUCCUUUCUUCUUUGUUCCCAGAAUUUUUAGUCAAGCCAGACGUAGGUCUUUUCAAUUUUAAAGCUCCAUCUGAUUGGAAUAAUCUUCCCCAAUCUUUGAGAUCUGUUACUUCCCUUUAUUGCUUUAGGUCAUUUUUAUUUUCUAAUCUUUAAUUAACUUGUGUAUGCUUGUAAGUUUUCUUCUGAUGAUUUUGUUUGUAUAUGACAUUGAUUGUUUAGUAGUUCUGCUGUGGGUGUGGGGGAUUGGUUGAGCAUGUCUUCUAAUUUGUGCAUGUGUUGCAUACAUGCUUUGUAUGGUUGUUUUGUUUAUGUUGCAAUAUUUUUUAUUUAUUU